GUCUUCUCUUCUGCAUCAAACAACUACAACUACAAACACCCUCCUUUUUCCACUUACACUUUUCCAUCUUCAACCAAACCUACACCACAAUCUCUAUAUUCCUCAUUUCUUCUUCUUCUUCAACAUUUUCUAAAACUCAACUUCUUGAACCUUUAAACUUUAACACAAUCUUUCACUAAUGUCUGUGCCACUUGAGCAUGAUUACAUAGGCUUAUCAGAUGCUUCUUCACUUGAAAGAAGCUCUGAAUCCUCAAACAUCUCAUCUGAUAAUGAAACCAACAAUGUUUUCAACCUCAAAGCCACUGAACUCAGUCUUGGCUUGCCUGGUUUCUCCAAAAGUUGUCAAGAAAAUGCUACAAAAGUGGGGCCCAUGCCCAUCAUCAAGAACUUCAUGUCAGGAGCUAAAAGAGGGUUUUCUGAUGUUAAUCUUGAUGGUUCUGGUAAAUGGGGUUUGACCAGUGGAUCUGAAUCUGAUAUGAGUAAAGAUUUUAAUGGUGUUUUUGAGAAAAAUAAAACCUCAUCUCUUGAUGUUAAGCCUGUUGAGGACAAAAAGAAAGGUCUUGUUAAUAUUAAUGGCAGUCCUCCACCUUCUGCCAAGGCACAGGUGGUGGGAUGGCCACCAAUUCGAUCUUUCCGCAAGAACACCAUGGCGAACAACUCGUCGAAGAAUGGUGACGUGGCAGAAGGUAAUUCGGGAUCCGGUGGGUGCCUUUUUGUGAAGGUGAGCAUGGAUGGUGCUCCGUAUUUAAGGAAGAUCGAUCUCAAGACUUACCAUAACUAUGCGGAACUUUCAAAGGCUCUUGAGAAAAUGUUCAGUUGCUUUACCCUUGGUCAUUGCACUUCUAACGGAAUUAAAGGUCGAGAAGGGCUUAGCGAAAGUAACUUAAAAGAUCUUCUUCAUGGCUCUGAAUGCGUGCUAACGUAUGAAGAUAAAGACGGUGACUGGAUGCUUGUUGGUGAUGUUCCUUGGGAGAUGUUUAUAGAUUCAUGCAAGAGAUUAAGGAUAAUGAAAGGCUCUGAAGCAAUCGGACUCGCGCCAAGGUCAACGGAGAAGUGCAAGAACAUGGUCUAAUAGUGUAAAAGGCGUUCGAUGAGCACACGGAUAAAGGGUUCAUAAACAUGCUUCGAUAGUUUUGAUUUGUAGCGUUUUAUUUUGUGUUUUCAUGAAUGGCGAAAAAAAAUGUUUCUAAUAACUGGAUAUAAAAAUCCAGUUGUUUGAUGAAAUCCUGUUGUGAACCAACUUGACAUGUGUUAAUGUAAAUGGCUUUGUUCUCUACUUGUCCA